AUGUAUAUAAUUUUAAGUCGUAGUGUAUAUAAUACAACACAAUUUUUAUGUUCAUUCAAAGGAAUAAAUAAAAUAUUUCUUGUAAUUAAUUCAAAAGUAUAUAAUAAAUAUUAUACUUUUUAUAAUAAAUCGCAUAUAUUACAAAAUAAUUCAUGGAAAGUAUUAUUUUUUGGUACAGAUGAAUUUGCAGUUGAAAGUUUGAAAAUCUUGUAUGAUAAAUAUAAAUCUAAAGAGCUAGAACGGCUAGAAAUUGUUACAAAUUAUAAAAUAAAAGAAAAUCCUGUUGUAAAAUAUGCAAAACAAAAUAAAAUUAUUGUACAUAAAUGGCCAGUUGAAAUUAAUAAAUCAGAGUUUCACAUUGGAAUAGUUGUCUCAUUUGGUCAUUUAAUUCCAUCUACAAUCAUAAAUGCAUUUCCACUAGGUAUGUUAAAUGUACAUGGUAGUUUAUUACCAAGAUGGAGAGGACCAGCUCCAAUAAUUCAUACAUUAAUUAAUGGAGAUUUACAAACAGGAGUUACAAUAAUGAAGAUAAUGCCAAAAAAAUUUGAUAUAGGAGAAAUAGUAUUGCAAAAACAAAUAAAUGUUGAUGAACAUGAAACAAUGCCAAAAUUAUAUACAAAAUUAGCAAAGCUUGGAGCAAAUCUUUUAAGAGAAACAUUUGAAAAUUUAUUGGAAUUAUUACAAUUUGCAAAACCUCAAGAUGAAACUAAUAUAACAUAUGCACCAAAAAUAACAUCAAAAAUAUCUUUAGUUAAUUGGAAUGAAAUGUCUGCCACAAAUGUUUAUAACUUACAUCGUGCUCUUCUGGGUUUGUAUAAUUUAACUACAUCAUUUCAAAAUGUAAAAAUAAAAUUGCUUGAUAUUCAAAAAAUUGAAUCAAAAAUAAUAGCAACAAAACUUAAAGAAGAAAAUGCAGGUGUUGCAAUAUAUAGCAAAAAGAAUAAUGCAUUAAUUAUAAAAUGCAAAGAAAAUAGUUUUGUUUCUGUAAAAAAAAUAACUGUUCAAGGUGAUUUUUUAACUGGUGGAUCAAGACAGGUGAAAUGAUAGCAUUUUUUACAUUCAUCACACCUAAAAAAUUAAAAUUAAUAAAUUCAUAAAUUCGGAAUUUGUUUAAAAAAAUAAAUAUUUAAUGUAUUUAUAUGAACUGACAUAACGAGAUUUUGACUGGUGCCAGGCAUAUCACAGACAUUGCAUUGUGUUAAAAGGUGUAGUAUUUGAAGUCAAAGAUGGAACAGAUGGAGGUGGUAAUUUAGGAAGUGGCGGUGGUGAUGUAAUUUCUGUACUAGUAGAUGUGGCAACAAACAUUUGUGGACUUGAUUCUGAUGCUACAUCUCCUUCUGGCCUUGGAAUUGGUUUUAUCUGUUUAAUAAAAAAAAAUAAGAUAUAUUUGUACAUACAUAACAUUAAAGUUUAUUUAUAAAUA